GUCUGGAUGAACAACACUACAAUAAUAUUGCUUUUGUGUGUGUAGAAGGUAUGACGAGUAUGUUUCUGUGACGGAUUCUAAAAUAAUGGCUUGAUCUCUGCUUUAUGAUGGCUCGUAAAGAAAUAUUAAAGCUACGUUUCAAUCAAGACCAUGGCUGCCUGAGCUGUGCCAUGGAAAGUGGAGCUAGAAUAUACAAUGUUGAUCCAUUAACAGAAAAACUACAUUUAGACGUUGAUAAAGUUGGAAGUGUUAGCCAGGUGGAGAUGUUGAAAAGGACCAACCUUAUUGCAAUUGUUGGUGGUGGCUCAGUACCACGAUUUGCAGAGAACACCGUUUUGAUCUGGGAUGACUAUUUGAAGGAAUUUGUCCUGGAAAUAACAUUUUCAAUGCCGGUUGUAGCAGUUAGGAUCCGGGAGGAUAAGUUAAUUGUAGCUCAGAGAAAUAGGAUCUAUGUAUAUUCAUUUCCUGACAAUCCUACCAAACUUGUUGCCUUUGACACCAGAGAUAAUCCAAAUGGUCUUUGUGAGAUCUGUCCAAGUCGAGACCGUCAGUUAUUAGCAUUUCCAGGGCAUAAGCUGGGUAGUCUGCAGCUUGCUGAUUUAACAAACACAGUACCUGCAAUGUCUAACUCACCCACACUCAUCAAUGCCCACCAGAAUGAGUUAGCUUGUGUAGCUAUCAACCAGCAAGGGUCUUAUGUAGCUACAGCAUCUACAAAGGGCACACUAAUACGAGUAUUUGACACAUUCUCCAAGAAGCUACUUGUAGAGUUAAGAAGAGGAUCUGACCCAGCAACAUUGUAUUGUAUCAAUUUUAGCCACGACUCAGCUUACCUCUGUGUUUCCAGCGAUAAAGGAACUGUUCAUGUUUUUGCAUUAAAAGAAACUGAACUAAACAGAAGAUCAACGCUGCGCAAGAUUGGUUUUCUAGGCCCGUACGUAGAAUCCCAGUGGGGACUAACACACUUCACAGUGCCUGCUGAGUGUGCUUGUAUGUGUGCCUUUGGAUCUGGUACGUCAGUUAUAGCAGCCUGCGUUGAUGGAACUUUCCACAAGUGUGUAUUUAAUAAAGAUGGCAACUGCAACCGUGAGGCGUACGAUGUCUUUCUGGAAGUUGGAAACGACGAGGAAUUUUAGUGUUUUUGGUGGUCUCCUGGUGAUGACAGCGUGAUCAAGGUCGACAUAGUGAAAGAUUACACUAUCAAAACAUCUUGUAGAAAUAACAUUAUUUAUAACAUUCCAUGAAAUCAAAUUCAAAUUUGAUUUUAUAGAAUAUGCUAAAUUUAACUACAGUAUUACAUGUAAGUACAUACUGAAACUUAAAAUGCGGAAUUUUAGCAUAUUAAAGAUAUACUGCUAGAUAAAAUAUAGAAAACCAUCAAAAAUGAAGUUACUUUUUAUGUUUUCUGAUUUAAAUAAAUUGAACAAAGUUAUCAACUUUCAAUUUACAUAGCAGUAUGUCUUUAAAAGAUUUCAUUUAAAAUAAGUUCUUACAUGUAAUGUGGUUUAAUCCUGGGUUUAAUAAUGUUAAUUUACUUACAGACACUAUUGACAUUUUUAUUAAUCACUUUUCGUUGAUCUUGAUAGAUAUCUAGAUUUUAUAUGCAAGCAGGAUGUUACCUUUUAUAGAUUAGUUUUACACAGUAGUAUACUGUACCAUUAUAUCAUAUACAAUAUAUAAAUUUUAUUAAAACAUAGUAAAUCUAAUAAAUUUUAUUAAAUAGAAACUAUGCCACCAGAAUUCAAAUUGAUGUUAAUUGGGAUUUACUUCCUAUCAAAAUUUUGUGUAAUACUGCAUGAAUCGUUCUUCUCAAAACAAUCAUAUCAUUAAUUGUACAGUAUUUUUGUUUAAAUGGCAAUCUCACAUUCAUCCUGUUGCCCUUGUUGAAAAUAUAAACAUCCUCAUACUUCUACCCCAGUGAUUAGCUACAAUGCAGAGCAUAAUUUUAUUAUAUUUUUAUAUGCAUAUCAAUUGUUAGGAUGAACUGUUGCUCUCAAUGUGGAUAACAUGUUAUUGGCAGCUGUCAUCCCUACAUCUUUCCUGCCUCACCACUAGCUCUGCUGGUCUUCAACUGUCACCUGAACAAAUUAAACAAAAUCGGUUGCCUCUCAGUUGAUGGCAAAAUUGUAAUUUUUUACAGGUCUUCCUCCAAUUAAAGACUACAUUUGGGACUAGGGUUUUCCUGGUCUUUAGCAGCUUUAGUCUUUAAUUAAUAAAGAUAAAAGACAUUCAUUAAUUUGGGAACACAGAAAAGUGGUCUUUAAUUAGAGGAGUCUUUAAUUAGAGGGAGUACUGUCACUAAUUUUCUCAUGUUGCAUAUCAACUCGUUUUUUUAUUGUACAUAAUCUAAUACCGUCUAUCUUCUUACAAUUCAUGUACAGGAAUAGAUUAUAGUUCAAUUUAAAGGGAAUACAGUAGUGAGCUUUGAGAUUUUUUUUUUAAUGUGAACAGAAUAUGAUCUACUCUGAUUACCAAAGUGGAAAGUUUUAAGACAAGGUUUGAAUUGGGCAGUUCUUUAAAUGUACAGAGACCCAGUUUACAGCAGAAUUCAUUAUUCAAAUAAAAAUUUUAAAUUACAUUUUUCAAAAACAAAUCAGAUUAAUAUGAUCUUAAUUUUCUUUACUACUAUAUUUAACAUUGCGUAUUCUGCAAAAACCUGUUUUUGCAGAAUUGUUUAUAAUUAUUAAACAUUCUUUACCUUUCUAAAAAGUAUUUUCCACUUUGGAAUGAGCAUGUCACAAAUUUAACAAUACAAUAUUUAGGCAUUGUAAUAUUCAUGUAGUACUAAUACUCAUUUUGUAAUUUUAACUACUGGUAAAUAUAGAUUUUAAAAGGUGUUGAUUUAGAGUAAUUUUAGUUUUAAAGUUGUGCAAUAAAACUAAACACAAUA